AGACCUCCCUCCAACAUGAGUUUAAAGAAACUAGGUUUCAAGUGGUUUGGGAGUCUCUCCAACAUUUCUUUUCGCCGCUCCACUGACAAAUCUGACCCCAAGUCCUCCAAGUCCUCCAGGGCCAAGUCCAGCUCAGGACAUGGCAGUGAAGAUGUGGCCUCGGCAAACCUGAGUCCGGCAGUCGAGGCGACGCUGGACGACAUGGGGGCCAUGCGUCCCCGGACCACCAGCUACGCGCGCUCCAGUCAGGACUAYACACACAUGGGAACGCUGCCUCGCCUGCUGACCUGGAAGAAAGACAAGAACAAUAAAGGUGGCUCCAGCAYCAGUCAAAAAAGUAAAGAUAAGAGCAACAUCAGGAGAAGUUCAUCUCAGAGACCUGCUGCAGAGCAGAGUUACGAGGCCCCGAAACCACCCGAGGCUGAAGCAGCAGGUCCUUCUGAGCUCAGCCAGUCUCCUUCAGCUGACCCCAAGACCCAGUCUGAGCCCACAGAUGAACCCAGGACCACCGGUGACGUCAGUGCUGCAGGGGAAGAUGUGGCUCCGCCUGGUGGCUCAAGUGAAGCAACUCAGUCGGAUGGAAGUGAAGCCUUGAAGCCUGAGUCGGCUCAGGAGGAUGAGGCUCAGCAAGAAGGUGAAUCAGAGUCCAAAAGUCUCUCAGAAGCACAGCAAGAAGCAGAGAACAGAGAGGGAAACUCUGAAAAUUUUCCAAAGAGAAAUACCUGCUGGAGUCACCUCCUGAGAAACUUCGUAAAGAACUGGAGGAGGAGCUGAAACUGAGUCCAGCUGACAUCAGGAGCCAUGGCUGGUACCAUGGGCACAUACCCCAAGAGGUGUCAGAGACUCUGGUUCUGAGGAAUGGAGAUUUCCUCGUACACGACUCCCUGACCAGUGUGGGCGACUACGUUCUGACCUGCCGAUGGGACAACGAGGUGCUUCACUUCAAGAUCAGUAAAGUUCUGGUUAAAUCCAGCGAGACUAAGGUUCAGUAUGUUCUGGAGUCGGACAGCUUCGACUCGGUCCAGGAGCUCGUUCGCUUCUACGUGGGUCAACGCAAAGUGGUCUCCCAGUCCAGCGGAGCCCACAUCUACUGUCCCGUCAGCCGGACUCUCCCGCUGCGCUACCUGGAGGCCACAUUCGCCCUCGCCAACAAGCACGGCUCCGCCUACUCGCCGUCCAGUCAGAGGGGGGCGUACAUCAAAAGGCGGAGUGUCACCAUGAUGGACGGGCUCACGACGGAGAAGAUGAUGCCUCACAGUGACUCAGACAGUCCCAGUCCAGUUGAGACCCCAGUGGCACCGUCAGAACCAGAGCCGGAACCUGGGUCCAAAUGCAGCCCGUCAACGAUCCACCACCAUAAAGAUGCAAUGCGGAAUUGUGCGAUGAGCAUGGACCAGAUUCAGGAGUACCGCUGCCCCUUGUCGCCCGUCGGGGAAACCCCUCUGUCUCCUGCUUACAGUGCCAUCACCAGGCAGAGAGCCCACUCAGGCGGGCGGAUCCUGGCCAUCGUCCCUCCCUCUCCCGCCACGCGCCGCUCCAGCGACCCCCAGCUCAGCCCCUCGGACGGUCCCGCUCCGGCAGAGUACCCCACGCAGACCCCUCGCUCCGCACACUCCUCUCCCGCCCAUCCUCCCAGCUGCCACGCCUCGGAGACGGCGGGGAGCUACUGUGACCUCAGACCCUGCCCCGCCGGACCCCCCAAACCCCCCGCCAAGAGCUACGUAGAGAGACUGCGAGUGGAAGAAGGGAGGAAGGCGGAAGCGAGAGAGGAAGGGGAGGGGACUUUCAGCGCCCCGCAGGUGGAGACGACCUCUUUGUUCAGACCUUCCAGGUACGAAUCCUGCCUUCUUCCUGCUGAAAAUAAGCCUCUGGAGAUGUCUGUGCUGAAGAGAGUCAAAGAGCUGCUGGGCGAGGUUGAUGCCAGGACCGCGGCUAAACACAUCACCCUGCUGGACUGCAAGGUUGCAAGAAUAUCAGGUGUAACUUCAGAAAUGCAAAGGAUGAUGGGAGUUUCCUCAGGGUUGGAGCUGCUGACGUUACCUCAUGGACACCAGCUGAGGCUUGACCUGCUGGAGAGGUUCUACACCAUGUCCAUCAUGAUGGCUGUGGACCUGCUCGGCUGCACAGGGAGCACAGAGGAGCGGGCCGCCCUCCUCUAUAAAACCAUCCAGUUAGCAGCCGAGUUGAAAAGCAACCUGGGGAACAUGUUUGGUUUUGCUGCUGUGAUGAGAGCUUUGGAGCUGCCGCAGAUCUCCCGCCUGGAGCAGACGUGGGUGACGUUACGUCAGAGACACACGGAAGGAGCCAUUCUGUACGAGAAGAAACUCAAGCCUUUCUUAAAGAACAUGAAUGACGGCAAAGAGUCCAGCGUCGUGUCCAGCACGUCUUUCCCCCACAUCCUCCCUGUCCUGUCUUUACUGGAGCGCGGCGCUGCUGUCGGCGAGGUGCCCGAGCCGUGGGAGAGCUCCGAGGCGGGCGUGGAUGUGGUCAUGUUCCACUUAGAGGCAGCACGAAGCGUCGCUCACCACGCUGAGAUCUACAGAACCAACGURGAGACCAAACUGCAGGGAUUUCAGGAGCGAGCGGAGUUGAGCGAGAUCUUCCAGACCGAGUUCCAGAUGCGUCUGCUGUGGGGCAGCCGCGGUUCUGAGGGCAGCCAAUCAGAACGUUACGAGAAGUUCGACAAAGUUCUCACCGCGUUGUCUCACAAACUAGAACCUCCUGUGCGCCACAGCGAGCUAUAGCGUCUGCCCCACCGACUCUCUGCGCCACCAAAACCUUCCCGACUGCACUUACCACUUCCUGCACGGUGGUAGCUGUGUUGUCUUUUUAUUUCUUGCAUUACACUUGAUGACACGGGAGAGACACGAGAGCGAGUUAGAAGGCAGCUAAAAGAGCACAAGGAGUCCAGAAGGGAGAGUUUCGCUCUGAAGGARGCAGCUCCUUCUCUUCCUUCCUGUGGACUUAGCCAGCGAUGAAAUAUUUAAGAGCGAAGGCGAGGAGACGAGCGACGUAGGGAGAGAAGCUCUGCUCUUGUAAGACAGACAGAAACAUUUGUACGGCGUGCCCUGAGGCCCAAAUAAAGCUACAAAAAAAUGUGUCUUUGCUCCGGUAAAACACGAACACUCCACUGCUGUCACACACUGUAGCAGAAAUAGUAGAUCACGAGUAGAUAUUUAGUGUAUGUGUGUGUUUUAUUUCUGUACAUCAUCUUUUUUGUCUUAUUUAUUUUUAAAAAAUCCAAACAUUGUAACAAUUUCUUCAUGAAACUCUUGAGGAUCUCAGAGCUCAUCAAUACGAUUAAAACCUCAUUCAACAUGUAUCAAUCAGUCCCAUUGACUCCCAUUAAAAAUGUACCAGCCAUGCAUUAAUAAGUGGAUGUGAAAUGAAACAUUUGCAGCUGAGUCGAGCAGGAAGCGAGCUCCCUCUGUUUUAGCUGUUUGAUACAUUUCAUGUCGUGUGUCCUCGUGCACAAAGAAAGUAAUCAGCAGAAUAAAAGUGGAAUGUAUUCACGUUAAAUUUAGUUAAAGCAAUGUUUGGCUGGAGCAUUUCUGAACAUGAUUUCAGUUAGCUUGUUGACAUGAUCGAUGCAUGCAACUGUAAAUGUCUUACCAGGUAAAAUGUUGCUUUAAUGUGAAUUUAAAUACAAAUGUGAGAAAUUUACAAAUAAUGACAAAAAAWUGUGUCUAUGGGAAAUCUUUAAUAACACCUGGCAGGGAAAUUUUCAUUUAAAUUUUGUGUUUUGUUUGUUUCUUUUUCAGCUAAGUGACUGUAAAAAUGAGUCRUUUAUUUCAUUUCUGGUUGAAACCGUCGGUGUUUUCUUGUUGAUUUGGUCUGAGAGAGCAGGAGCCGACUCUCAGAGCUAUGCAAUUGUUUCAAUCAACCGACGGAGAGCACCGAGGAGAUGAGCCUUUUUCUGGAAUAUUUUGGGGAGUUUCAAACAUUUCUCAGCCAAACCAACAUAACAGGAGCAACACCCAAUGUCAAACUGGAAAAAAAAGAAGUUCCUUCUGCCACAAUGUUACAUAUUUAUAAUCCCUCAGUGGGUGAUGGAUUGUGUUCAAACUCCUGUUUUAUAUUUAUUUUUCAUUCUGGACGUGGGCUGUAUAGAUUAGAGUUGGAGCCGUGGGUUAACUCCAACAGAAGUCAGCAAAAAAAGUAAAACAUAAUAAAAAAUAAAAAUGUAAAGAACAAAUAGCCUCAGAAUGAAAUAAGACAAUAUUGUGUGUUUUGAGACCAAGAGAACGCCUGCUGGUUUAGGUUUCACAGACAACAAUGUUCACGAUGUGACGUUUUUAUUUGUAUGAAGAGAAAAGCAAAAAGUUGUGAACUGAUUCAGGAUUGAAUUCUUUUUUUGUACUGUACAUACGAAUCCUCUUUUUCCAAUAAAAUGAUUGCUUGUG